AUGGCUCCACCCUACGAGCUUAUCUACUACGUCGGAGUUCCCGGACGCGGAGAACACGUCAGGCUCAUCCUCGAGGCAGCUGGUGCCUCGUACACGGACACUGCAUCUCUCGCCAUGGACAAAUGCCGAGGGGUAGUCACGAAGACCCUCGAUGGUGGGCAAGGAAACCCGCCCUAUUACGCUCCUCCUCUCUUUAGGCAUGGUGACCUGCUCAUCUCCCAGACCAGCAACAUCCUCAUGUACCUUGGUCCUAAGCUCGGGCUCGCUGGACCGAAAGAGAACGAUGUUUGGCGAGUCAAUGCUCUCGCUCUCACUGCGCUAGACGGCUUGAGCAACGAAGUUCACGAUUGCCACCACCCGAUCGGCAUUGAAUUGUACUACGAGGAUCAGAAAGAGGAAAGCGCGAGACCACAUCUUGGGUACUGGGAGAAGGGGAAGGAGUUUACGUAUGCCGAUUUGUGCGUUGAUGGUAUUCAAUUUGCCUUUCCCAAAGCCACGAACCAUGCGAGAGAAUCUGGUAAAUACGACCGGGUCUUCCAGUUAUGGGAAGAUGUCAAGGCUCGUCCGAAUGUAGCUGCGUACCUCGCUAGCGAGAGAAGACAGAGGUACGAUUGGGGCAUCUACCGAUACUACCCGGAUAAUGAUGUACUUCCCAAGUAGUUUCUGCUAUGAUAUCGCCAUGGGAAUGCAUCUGCAAGACAUGGGGGAAGAGUGGCGAGUAUCAUGGGGAUAGUGGAAUGAAUGAGGUGAAAAUGGGCCGUAUGUUAGAAACGAAUGUGUCC